CAUGGGAGAUUAUCCGUUUUGAAACUUUCGAAAUUGUCGAAUGGAGUUAAAGAAACUUUGUUCUCUACAAGUUCACCUUUUUAUGUGAUUAAUUAUAGAUUUUGAUAAAUAAAUGGAUAAAAAGGUAUGACUUGUUUUAUUUUAUCUUUUGUGCUUUGUGCUCAGGUCGUACCAAAUUAUUUUCCCUCUCUAUGUUAGUUUCCUUUAGCGAAUUAAAUUGCUUUAAAGCACCGACGAUCUAACCAUAAAACCCUAGGUUUUUUUCUUUCAGUUGGGAUUAAUUAUUACUAAAAUUUCAGCUCAUCACAAACCCUAAUCUUGGCGAGCUUCGAGACUCGGUUUUGCCAAUUUUAUUAUUCUAUUUGACAUGGCUUGUGAUUCAUUAGCUCUUAUCUCAAUUGUUAUAGGGUUUUCAAGAAAUGAUAAACGCAAAACCAAUGGAUCAAAUGAUCUCAAACACCAACAACAACACAUCGCAACAACAACCAACAUUCAUCGCCACCAAAACAAGGCCAAACGCCUCCGCAUCCAACGGCGGCUCCGGCGGAAACAACAACAAUACUACGAUGGAAAGUAGAAAGUCCAGACCAAACGAGAAAGUAAACUGUCCAAGAUGUAACUCAACAAAUACGAAGUUCUGUUAUUACAACAACUACAGUCUCACACAACCAAGAUACUUCUGCAAAGGUUGUCGAAGGUAUUGGACCGAAGGUGGCACUCUUCGUAACGUCCCUGUCGGAGGCAGCUCAAGAAAGAACAAGAGAUCCUCAACACGUCUAGCUUCACCUUUGUCUUUCCCUGUCAUGCAAGAACAUCAACAUGGUAUGUCUCAGUUCCUUCAUAUGCCCAAGAUCGUGAACAGCAAUGCAUCAUCCUCAAUCUACGCUUCAUCAUCUCCUGUCUCAGCUCUCGAGUUUCUAAGAUCCAAUGGAGUCUCUUCAAGAGGAAUGAACAUGUUCUUGCCAGGUCAAAUGAUGGAUUCAAACUCAGUUCUUUACUCAUCCUUAGGGUUUCCAACAAUGGCUGAUUACAAACAGAGUAACAAUAACCUUUCAUUCUCCGUUGAUCAUCAUCAAGGGAUUGGAUAUAACACUAUUAAAAGCAAUCAAAGAGCUGAAGAUAAUAAUCAUUUCGAUGACAUGAAUGGAGCAAGUAAGGUUUUGUUCCCAUUUUCAGACAUGAAAGAGCUAUCGAGCACAACCCAAGAGAAGAGCCAUGGUAAUAGUACGUAUUGGAAUGGGAUGUUCAGUAAUACAGGAGGAUCUUCAUGGUGAAAAGAAAAGGUUAAAAAUAAAUCAUGAACUUAUAUAUUGGCUUCUCUUUUCUUUUCUCUUUAUUUAUUUUUAUUUUAGUUUGAUGAUCUUUUGUUCUUUCUCACAUGGGGUACUUUUAGUUAAAGUUGUCAGAACUUAGUUUACAGAUUUUCUUUAUAUUCGGUGUGAGGGUAAUUAUUGUACUGUAUCAAAAGAUCUUUGUUCAUGAGGACGGCUAAGGGGUAUCAUACGAGGGUAGAAGAAUAGUGAAUACGAUCGAGGGCUUUGUGUGUAAUCAGUGAGAUCUGUAUUCAUCAUUUCUUCUAGCUGUAAAAGUAUUUGUGUAAUUCCUUCAUCUUUAUUUUUAAUCUUAGUUUGAUCUAUAUUUAAGUGGUGUAAACAUAAAGUUUGGUAGGUUCAUCUUUGGUUGAGUGACUACCAAUAAUUUUCUUUUAUAUAUUUACCAUCGAAUAUUUUCAGUGUUAUAGUAACAAUUUAUUACAUAUUUG